UGCGUGCGCUUGUUUAGAUUGCGUCAGGAACUCGUGAGUUCAGUGGGAGCAGAAGAAGAUUGCAGUGUCUAAUACAGUUAGUCAAGACGCAUCGCAGGUUUAUAUCCAGAGUUAUAUGCAUCUCUAACAUGGGAAGAAGAAACAGAAACAGACAAAAACCUCAGAAAAACAGAGACGAAAGACCAGAAGGGAAGAGGAGCAGAGAUGACGCUGGUUGGGGAGCUGGAUACUCUGAAAUCGUCAAGGAGAACAAACUCUUUGAGCAUUAUUACCAAGAGCUGAAGAUCGUCCCAGAGGGAGAGUUUGAGAAGUUCAUGGACGCCAUGAGGGAGCCACUGCCAGCUACCAUUCGCAUCACAGGAUACAAAAGCCACGCCAAAGAAAUCCUUCAUACUCUUAAAGAAAAAUACUUCAAAGAGGUGCAGGACCUGGAGGUGGAUGGCCAGAAGAUUGAAGCCCCGCAGCCUUUAAGCUGGUAUCCUGAUGAAUUGGCCUGGCACACAAAUUUAAGUCGAAAGAUCCUCCGCAAAUCUCCACUUCUAGAGAAGUUCCACCAGUUCUUGGUCAGCGAAACCGAAUCGGGUAACAUUAGCAGACAGGAAGCUGUCAGUAUGCUUCCGCCUCUCCUGCUGAAAAUCGAGCCUCAUCAUAAGAUUCUGGACAUGUGUGCAGCUCCAGGAUCAAAGACGGCUCAACUUAUAGAGAUGCUUCACUCUGACAUGGAUGUGCCUUUUCCUGAGGGGUUUGUAAUAGCCAAUGAUGUGGAUAACAAGCGAUGUUACCUGCUGGUCCAUCAGGCCAAGAGAUUAAACAGUCCGUGCAUUAUGGUGGUUAACCAUGACGCCUCCAUCUUUCCACGUCUGCAGUUUGAUCGGGACGGAAAGAAGGAUGUCCUGUUUUACGACAGGAUCCUGUGUGACGUACCUUGCAGUGGUGAUGGAACCAUGAGGAAAAACAUUGAUGUGUGGAAAAAAUGGACAACCAGCAACAGCCUGCAGCUCCAUGGGCUGCAGUUAAGGAUCGCAGUGCGUGGAGUUGAACAGCUGGCAGUGGGGGGCAGGAUGGUGUACUCCACCUGCUCGCUAAACCCAGUGGAGGAUGAAGCUGUCAUCGCCGCCCUGCUGGAGAAGAGUGAAGGUGCUUUAGAGUUGGCAGAUGCCUCUUCAGAUCUCCCAGGCCUCAAAUAUAUGCCUGGGAUUACAUCUUGGAAACUGAUGUCUAAAGAGGGUCAGUGGUACUCCGACUGGUCGGAGGUCCCAACACGUCGACACACUCAGAUCAGACCCACCAUGUUUCCCCCCACAGAUUCAGAGAAGUUGGCGAAUAUGAAGCUAGAAAGAUGUAUGAGAAUUCUGCCCCAUCACCAGAACACUGGUGGCUUCUUUCUAGCUGUGCUGGUGAAGAAGGCGCCCAUGCCCUGGAACCGCCGUUUUCCUAAGCUUCAUAAUAAGGAUGCAAACUCCUCCAGUGAGGUGACCCCCGCUGAGGAGACGCCCGCUGAGGAGACGCCCGCUGAGGAGACGCCCAUCACCCCUGCACACGACUCUCCCACUGACACCCCUGUCGAAGCAGUGAGCGAGACUCCUGCAGAGGGCAACCCAUCUGUCCCAGAUGCCCCUGACCUCCCAGAGGCCAAGAAAGAUAAUGUUUGUAGCCCUCCUCCGCCAAAGAAGAUGAAACUCUUUGGCUUCAAAGAGGAUCCUUUCGUAUUCCUGACAGAGGACGACCCUAUUUUCCCUCCCAUCCAGACUUUCUACAACCUUUCCCCCGAUUUCCCCAAACUCAAUGUGCUGACUCGAACCCAUGAAGGAAAGAAGAGGAACCUUUACAUGGUGUCCAAAGAGCUGCGCAACGUUCUGCUCAAUAACAGCGAGAGAAUGAAGGUAAUAAACACAGGAGUGAAGGUGUGGUCCAGGAAUAAUGAUGGUGAACAAUUUGGCUGCGCAUUUAGACUGGCUCAAGAGGGUGUUUACACCCUCUGCCCCUAUAUCAGAGCCAGGAUAGUCAACAUCAGCAUGGAGGACGUGAAGGUUCUCCUCACCCAGGAGAACCCCUUUCUCGGCAAACUGGGUGAUGAUGCUCACAAUCAUGCCAAGAAACUUGAAAUGGGCAGCAUUGUUUUAAGAUAUCUGCCAGAUCCACAGAACCCUGAUGCACCCCAGUGCCCCAUAGAUCUGUGCGGAUGGAGGGGAAAAACAUCCAUCAGGGCUUUCGUGUCACGUAACGAACGGCUUCAUUACCUCCGCAUGGUGGGCGUGGAGGUCUUCCGUGACAAACAGGGGAGUAGGAACGACGCUCCGACAGAAGCCCAGGAAGGGAACGCUGACGAUACUGAGGUUCAGGGUGAAGAAGAGGGAAGUGUUAUAGAGCAGAAAGAUGCAGAAGCAGAGCUUAACUCUUCAGAAUCCAACCCUAAUGGAACAGAGCCUGCUGAAAGCACUUGAAAUGGGACUACGAGUUAGAUGUAUUGAUCUGGGUGGAGCACAUACGAAAAACGGCUUUUCCAGUGGCACUUGAAUACCAGGAACGUUCGCCUCUGAAGUACUGUCAGAUGAUAUUAAAAUGGCCGAUUUGAUUUUAUGAACGUUUUUUUCUUAUUCUUUGGUUAUUUUAUGAUUAAACAUGCUGUUUGACAUGUUUUCAUAUUUUUUCUCUGUUCACAUUGAGAAGCCGUAACAAAUUUAAAGGAGGCCUAUUAAAAUAUGUUCUUGGUUCCUCGAGUAAGCCAUGUGUACAGUAAAGGCUUCCCACUAAUCCAUUGCAUUUGCUCGAACACUUUUACACAUUGUAAUUGUUGCAAAACUUUUAAUAAAACCACAUUUGUUUAUCUCCUAAUUAGUGCCAUCCAUGGAAAUGAGUAAUCCGCAUUUCAAUAUAACUUUCAUAACUUCUAUGUAACUAUUACAUUUACUAAAGAUUAGAAGUAACCUUGCCCAUGCAAAACAUGCUGACCUGAUGUUCACUUUGUGCCGUGCUCAUGUCAAUUUUGUCAUCAGAAUAGUGUGCACACUUCCGGAUUUUUUUCUUUGUACAAGCAGGUGGCACAUGCUCAUUUAAUCGUUUUGCAGCUUUAUCCGUAAGGUAGGGCUGUGCCGAUAAACGAUAUCAUAUCGAAUCGCGAUAGAAUGUAUUUCAAAAACGAUGAUAAGCUAUUGGCAUUUUGACUCGAUAUGGAUUAAUCUUACAGUCUAACAGACAGCAGAAAUAAACGCAACAACAGUCAGUCAGCGUGCAGCUUUUAUCAUGCGCGUCAAAGUACAAAGUCCAUUUCAUACUGCACUUGGCAAAGAAAACUCGACAUGAGGAGGAAAACAUUACUGGAAGCGGAAACAAAGGUGAAACUAACCUCGAGUUGUCAUCACGCGGUUUAUCAAGUGUCUUAUUUUUUUCGCAAUCGCCGGUUAAACAAAACAAACUUGAGGCGCAAUUGCAAGCGAGUUACUUUCGAAACUCAAGCACAAACGUUUUAAUAUCCAUCGUUAACAUAACUGCUAACAGGAGCUGGUGCAUAUGAAACAAACCAGCGCUGCCCUGUACAGAUUAGAGAUGUAAUGAAGUGAGUUUGUGUGCACAUUAAAAUAUUGAACCUUGUAUGUAAGAUGCUUGCAUGAUUAAAGAAAUGUACUACAGUUUAUGUGAGAUGUCUUUAAGGUUCACUGAAUAC